AUGUAUGAGCGCCACAAGAGGCGAUACAGCCUGUGCGACAUCUCCAAGGUGGACAGGAGUGUAGAUGUUGUGUUGUUAAAGAUAAACCGCGAAAGCUGGUGUUCACUGGAGCCAUGUCCCAGUUCUUCCCUUCUGGAACGCAAGCGGACACGGGAGUCUCCAGAAUGUGAGAACUUCUUGGAGGAUGGGCUGAGUAGCGUCUGUGCCUCAUCACAGGGUGUCCAUAAAAGAGAGUCUGGGAGCGAGUCUGACCUCUUCCCCUUGCCUGGUGAUGGGAUGGAAGACCUUGUCUUUGGAAAGCCUGAAGAGGAGCAGUCUGCCUGCGAUGUCACCAGCUCCAGUUCCUCUGCUGAUGACACCAUGUCCCUGGAGAGGAACUCAUCCCUGGGCAGCGACACAUUCCUUCCCUUCCCACCGAUGGUGAACUUUGUCCAGCCAAAGGACAGGCACAGCCUGGAUGGCAGCUGCAGCAACAUGGCAGCCUCAGAGGGAGGAGAGAAGGAAGAGGAGCUGGAUAGUAUCACAGAUGUACCCACUCAUUCCUCUGUCUUACGAAACUCCAUGCGGCCACUGUCACCUUUCCGUCGACACAGCUGGGGGCCGGGGAAAAAUGCCACCAAUGAAGCAGAAAUAAAUCAAAGGAGUUACAGCCUAGAAGGCCUUGCUGGAGAUUCUGGAGAGAGCAAGAAGCCUUCUGCAAACUUGGAGGCUUCUUCUCUGAGCUCCAAAGACCUCAGACGGAGUCCACUUGCCAACAAUCAGUGCGGGUCCCUGGUCUUGCUCACUGAAGAACUGGAGCAGGGAGAAAUCAGAGACUAUGAUCACCAGAUGCAUCAAACAUCGCAGCCGCAAGGAUUUAAUUUCUGUUCUUCCACUGUUUCAUCUCCACUGACCAAAUCUAUGUCUCUAAUGUCAAUUAGUAAACCAGUGAUGGACACCCAGGGCCGGACUCGACCAUCGCGACGAAUCUCCUUCUCCUUCAGCAUCUCUCCACUCAUUCCUAAGUCUAAAACUCUCUUUUCUAUUGGCUCUUCUUCCAGUGAUGAGGAGGAGGAGGAGUUGGAUAGUACGCAGGCGUUCGGCAGCCCCACGGGUUCCUCGGUUCAGAGCAUAUCUGAAGAGAGCAGCAGUGUCCCCACUGGUAAAGGUGGAACAAAAGUGAGUCGUACCUUCAGCUACCUCAAGAAUAAAAUGUCCAGCAGCAAGAAGAGCAAAGAAAAAGAGAAAGAUAAAGAGAAGAGUAAAGAGAAGGACAAAGAUUCCAAGGAGAAGGAAAAAGAUAAGAAGAUGUUAAAUGGACAUCUCUUCACUGCGACUUCUGUUGUCGCCCAAGCAACCUGUUACCACUGUAUGAAACCUUUCAAUAAGGAUUCGUACUACUGUGCAAACUGCAAUGCAAUUGUCCACAAAGGCUGUAAGGAGAGUUUUGCUUCUUGUGCAAAGGUCAAAAUGAAGCCACAGAGAGGGAUGCUGCAGGCACAUGAUACCUCUUCGUUACCCACAGUAACCAUGAGAAACAAAAGCUCACAACCGAAGGAGCGCCCUCGCUCUGCAAUACUUGCUCCUGAUGAAAACACCGUGACCUCAAUAUUCAAUAACAGGAGAUCACAACAGACUACAGCGCUCUCCAAAAGUGUCUCAAUACAGAACAUUGCAGGAGUGGGGAACGACGACAGCUUAAUACACACUUGGAAAUUCCUGUCGCAGUCAACAGACUCCUUACAUAAGAUCAGCCGGGUGAAUGAAUCCAUGGAGUCACUGGUCGACGAAGGUGCAGACAUGAACGAAGGACAGCUGAUGGGAGAUCUGGAAUUAGAUUCCAAGCAGCUGGAGGCAGAGUCCUGGAGCCAAGUAGUGGACAGCAAGUUCCUACAACAGCAAAACAAAGAUGUUGUCAAACGGCAAGAUGUCAUUUACGAGCUAAUGCAGACGGAAAUGCAUCAUGUCCGCACCCUGAAGAUCAUGAACGAUGUAUACAGCGCAGGGAUGUUAAAGGAACUGCAGUAUGAUCAGCAAGUCGUGGACAAGAUCUUUCCCUGCCUGGAAAACUUGCUGCACAUCCAUAGUCACUUCUUCCAGCGGAUUCUGGAAAGGAAGAAGGAGUCAUUGGCAGACAGAAGUGAAAAGAACUUUGUUAUCAAGAGGAUAGGUGACAUCCUAGUGAAUCAAUUCUCCGGUGAGAGUGCCGAGCGCAUGAAGAAAACGUACGGCAAAUUCUGUGGGCACCACAAUGAGGCAGUAAAUAACUUCAAAGACCUGUACUCAAAGGACAAGCGGUUUCAGGCAUUCGUCAAGAAAAAAAUGAGCAGCUCCCUGGUGAGGCGACUUGGGAUUUCUGAAUGUAUCCUGUUGGUAACACAGAGGAUCACAAAGUACCCGGUCCUUUUACAAAGGAUACUGCAGUACACCAAAGAAAAUGAAGUGGAACAUGAAGAUUUGACUCAGUCGUUAAACCUUGUUAAAGAUGUGAUUGCUGCAGUCAACAGCAAAGUCAGCAAUUACGAGAAGAAGAUGCGUCUUGGUGAGAUUUACAACCGGACGGAUAGCAAGUCCAUCAUGAGGAUGAAGAGUGGCCAGAUGUUUGCAAGAGAGGACUUGAGGCAUCGGAAGCUCAUCCGAGAUGGGCCUGUUUCACUAAAAAGUGCGGCUGGCCGAUUAAAAGAAGUCCAGGCUGUUCUCCUCUCCGACAUGCUCGUAUUCCUUCAGGAAAAGGACCAGAAGUAUGUCUUUGCCUCACUGGACCAGAAAUCCACUGUGAUCUCUCUGAAGAAGCUGAUCGUACGAGAAGUAGCUCAUGAAGAGAAGGGUUUGUUCCUGAUCAGUAUGGGUGUAAAAGAUCCCGAAAUGGUGGAAGUCCAUGCCAGCUCCAAAGAAGAGCGUAACGGCUGGAUACAGAUCAUUCAAGACACGAUGAACACGAUGGAUAAGGAUGAAGAUGAAGGAGUCCCUUGUGAGUCUGAGUUUGAAAAGAAAGUGUUGGAUGCAAAAGUGAGAGGACUGAAAGAACAACUUCAGCAGAAGGACAAGCAGAUCCUGCUCUUGCUGGAGGAGAAGACUAAGAUCUUCCGGGACAUGGCAGACACUUCUGUGCAGGAGGACAUGCCGGGCUCCAGGCUGCUCUUCAGAGCCAACACAGAAGAGGCACCGAAAGGAGAGGCCAUCAUGAAAACUGCAAUAAAUGAAGUUGAACUACUGCAAGACCUGGUGAACAGGAGCCUGGGCACCGCCCUGGGACAGCAGGUCAGCAGCGCUGCCAUGGAGCAAGAAGGAGGAGUUGGCCCCAUCUCUCUCCCUAGAAGGGCAGAAACUUUUGGAGGAUUUGACAGCCACCAGAUGAACGCCUCCAAGAGUGGAGCGAAAGAUGAAGGCGACGAAGCUCAGGACCUUCGGAGAACAGAGUCAGACAGCAUUUUAAAGAAGGGUGGAAAUGCUAAUCUGAUGUUCAUGUUGAAACGGAAUAACGAGCAGGUCCUCCAAACCAUUACCAGCCUCCAUAAGCUGCUCAGUGCUUUGCAGGGCGUCGUGUUACAGCAGGACACCUACAUUGAGGACCAGAAGCUGGCUCUGAGUGAGAGGGCUCUGACCCGGAGCUUCUUCCGACCAACCUCGCUCCUGGAGCAGGAGAAGCAGCGCAACCUGGAGAAGCAGCGCCAGGAGUUGGCCAACCUGAAGAAGCAGCAGACGCAGCACCAGGAGGAGAGGCGAAGGAGAGAGAAGGAGUGGGAAGUCCGGGAGAAGGAGCUGGCAGUGCAGGAGGCCCACCUUGCCCAGCGAGAGGAGCAGGUCCAGAGAGGUUGGCAGGAUCUUGAACGGGAGCGAGAGGAACUGCAGGUGAAGAAAGCCUCCUACCAGCUCGACCUGGAGAGGCUUCGCACAGCCCAGAAGCAGCUGGAGAGGGAGAAGGCACAGUUCAAGCAAGACGUGGAGCGAUUAGCUCAAAUGCGGCAGGAGCCUGACCACAACCAGGUUUCAAAUCUACAUGAGAAACUUGCAAGAGUCUCCUCCCAGUCCAGCAUCGACGACUCCUCCAAGCAGAAGAGCCCUUCCCUUCCUAAACAAGGGCACUUUGAUGCAGAACUGUCUGUCUCCCCCAAAAGGAACAGCCUUUCAAGGACACACAAAGAGAAAAGCACUUUCCAUUUGCUUAGCACAACAAACCAGACUAACAAGGCGGCUGAGGAACAGCCCCAGCUGCCUACCCGCCUCUUCAGUUUAGCCAAACCAAAGGACAAGAAGGAAAAGAAGAAAAAGGGCAGGGGACAUCGCUCCCAACAGUCUGAUUCUCACUCAUCAGAAGCACCUCCAGAGGGUGAGGAGAUCUUCUGCUGAGCAUGGACGGUUCCAUCGGUCCCUCUUGGCAUUGGUACAGAGGACA